GAACUUUGGAUCUUACUCCAGACCUUCUCCUGCGGGCUUGAUCCAAAAGCUCCAUCUCACUUCUCCUACUCCUGCCCCGGAGACUAGGGGGACCGAGGAAGGAUCACAGGUGCCCACGACCAUCCCUGCGGACCACCAUGGAACAGGCAGUCGAGCUGCUCUUCUUUGUGAAUGGCCGUAAGGUGAUCGAAAAAAAUGUUGACCCUGAAAUAAUGCUGUUACCGUAUCUGAGAAAGAACAUCCGGCUCACAGGAACUAAGUAUGGCUGUGGAGGGGGAGGCUGUGGAGCUUGCACAGUGAUGAUAUCUCGAUACAGCCCCAUCACCAAGAAGAUAAGACAUUUUCCAGUCAAUGCCUGCCUGACCCCACUUUGUUCUCUGUAUGGAGCUGCUGUCACCACAGUUGAAGGCAUUGGAAGUACCAGCACCAGGAUUCAUCCUGUGCAGGAGAGAAUUGCCAAGUGUCAUGGCACACAGUGUGGAUUCUGCACCCCUGGGAUGGUGAUGUCCAUCUACAGCCUUCUAAGAAACUGCCCAGAACCCACUUUGGAUCAAUUAACUGAUGCCCUGGGCGGUAACCUGUGUCGGUGCACUGGAUACAGGCCUAUAAUUGAUGCUUGCAAAACUAUCUGUAAACCUUCUGGUUGCUGUCAGAAUAAAGAAAAUGGGGUUUGCUGCUUGGAUCAAGGAAACAAUGGAUUGCCAGAAUUUGAGGAGGAAAAUAAGACAAGCUCACAACUCUUUUCAGAAAAGGAGUUUCUACCAUUGGAUCCAACCCAAGAAUUAAUAUUUCCUCCUGAACUGAAAAUAAUGGCUGAGAAACAAUUACAAAAGACUAGGAUUUUUGUUGGUGAUAGAAUGACCUGGAUUUCCCCAGUAACUCUGAAGGAACUUCUGGAAGCGAAAGCCAAGCAUCCUCAGGCCCCUGUUGUCAUGGGAAAUACCUCUGUGGGGCCUGAAAUGAAAUUUAAAGGAGUCUUUCACCCAGUUAUAAUUUCUCCAGAUAGGAUGGAACAACUAAGCAUUGUGAAAUAUGCAAGCGAUGGUUUGACAUUAGGUGCAGGACUUAGCCUGGCUGAGGUGAAAGACAUCCUGGCCGAUCUAGUCCUGAAGCUCCCAGAGGAGAAGACGCAAAUACACCGGGCCCUUUUGAAACAACUUGGGACGCUGGCGGGGUGUCAGAUCAGGAGCAUGGCUUCUUUAGGGGGCCACAUUGUGAGCAGGCAUCUUGAUUCAGAUCUGAACCCCCUCCUGGCUGUGGGCAACUGUACCCUCAAUUUAGCAUCAAAAGAAGGAGAAAGACAGAUACCUUUUAAUGAGCAAUUUCUUGCAAAGUGCCCCAGCACAGAUCUUAAACCUGAAGAAAUCUUAAUCUCAGUGAACAUCCCUUACUCCAGGAAGUGGGAAUUUGUGUCAGCCUUCCGCCAAGCACAGAGACAAAAGAAUGCUCUUGCAAUAGUCAACGCAGGAAUGAGAGUCUUUAUGGGAGAAGGGGAUGGCAUCAUUAAAGAGAUGGCCAUCUCUUACGGAGGUGUUGGUCCAACCACCAUCUGUGCAAAGAAUUCCUGCCAGAAACUCAUCGGAAGGGUCUGGGAUGAAGCAAUGCUGGAGGCAGCAUGCCAGCUGGUUCUGGAGGAAGUAUCCCUUCCUGGCUCUGCUCCAGGUGGGAAGGUGGAGUUCAAGAGGACCCUUAUCAUCAGCUUCCUCUUCAAGUUUUACCUUGAAGUGUCACAGCUUUUAAAGAAGAUGGAUUCUGCACAUUGUCCUGUCCUUGCAGAGAAUUACAAGAGUGCUUUAGAAGCUCUUCAUUCCAGACAUCACUGGAGUUCAGUGAAAUUUCAGGAUGUAGACACAAAGCAGCUUCCUCAAGACUCGGUUGGCCAUCCUCUCAUGCAUCUCUCUGCAAUCAAGCACGCCACAGGCGAGGCCAUCUACUGUGACGACAUGCCUGCAGUGGACCAGGAACUGUUCUUGACUUUUGUAACCAGUUCAAGAGCUCAUGCUAAGAUUGUGUCCAUUGAUGUGUCAAGAGCCCUCAGCUUGCCCGGUGUGGUGGACAUAGUGACCGAGGAACAUCUUCAGGGAGUAAAUAGCUUCUGUUUUUUAAUGCAACCUGAGAAGCUCCUGGAGUCAAAUGAGGUUUCAUGCGUGGGACAGCUUGUCUGUGCUGUUAUUGCCAAUUCUGAAGUUCAGGCCAAGCGAGCUGCCAAGGAAGUGAAGAUUAUCUAUGAGGAUUUGCAGCCCUUGAUCCUAACCAUUGAGGAAGCCAUUCAACACAAUUCCUUCUUUGAUGAAGAAAAGAAGCUUGAAUAUGGGAAUAUUGAUGAGGGAUUUAAAGCAGCUGAUCAAAUUCUUGAAGGUGAAAUACAUAUGGGAGGUCAAGAACAUUUUUAUAUGGAAACCCAAAGCAUGCUUGUUGUUCCUAAAGGGGAGGAUCAAGAAGUAGAUGUGUAUGUGUCUACACAGUAUCCCAAAGGCAUACAGGACAUAGUUGCCUCAACCUUGAAACUCCCGGCCAACAAGGUUAUGUGCCAUGUAAAGCGCGUUGGUGGAGCCUUUGGCGGGAAGGUUAUCAAGACUGGCAUCAUGGCAGCCAUCACUGCAUUUGCUGCAAACAAGCAUGGCUGUGCCGUACGCUGUGUUCUGGAAAGAGGAGAAGACAUGUUGAUAACAGGAGGCCGUCACCCUUACUAUGGAAAGUACAAAGUGGGAUUCAUGAAGGACGGCAGAAUUGUGGCGCUGGAUAUGCAGCAUUAUUGCAAUGGUGGUGCCUCCCUGGACGAGUCCUUAUUUGUGGCAGAAAUUGGGCUCCUGAAAAUGGACAAUGCUUACAAGUUCCCCAAUCUGCGCUGCCGUGUGUGGGCCUGCAAGACUCACCUUCCCUCCAACACGGCUUUGCGUGGCUUUGGUUUUCCACAGGCUGGGCUUAUCACUGAAGCCUGUAUCACGGAAGUUGCGGUCAAAUGUGGUCUGCCCCCUGAGAAGAUCCGAAAGAUAAAUAUGUACAAGGAAAUUGAUGAGACACCCUACAGACAAGAGAUUGAUGCCAAGAACCUCCUACAAUGUUGGGAGGAAUGUAUGACCAUGUCUUCAUACUCCCUGAGGAAAGAUGCUGUGGAGAAAUUCAACUCGGAGAACUACUGGAAGAAGAGAGGGCUGGCCAUGGUGCCCCUCAAGUACCCUAUUGGCGUCUUAACUCUGGCUGCUGGUCAGGCUGCUGCCCUGAUUCAUAUUUAUCUUGAUGGAUCUGUAUUGGUGACUCAUGGAGGGAUUGAAAUGGGCCAAGGAGUCCACACUAAAAUAAUUCAGGUGGUGAGUCGUGAACUGAAGAUGCCUGUGUCUAAUGUCCACCUGCGUGGUACAAGCACAGAAACUGUCCCGAAUGCAAACGUGUCCGGUGGGUCCGUGGUGGCUGACUUCAAUGGGUUAGCAGUCAAGGAUGCUUGUCAAACUCUCCUAAAACGCCUUGAACCCAUCAUCCGCAAGAAUCCUCAAGGCACUUGGAAGGACUGGGCCCAGGCUGCCUUUAAUGAAAGCAUUAGCCUUUCAGCUACUGGCUUCUUCAGGGGUUAUGAGGCAAACAUGAACUGGGAGACGGGCGAAGGUCAUCCUUUCGAAUACUCAGUCUAUGGAGUUGCCUGCUCUGAGGUUGAAAUAGACUGCCUCACUGGUGCUCAUAAGAAUCUCAGAACCGACAUUGUCAUGGAUAUUGGCUACAGUCUCAAUCCAGCCCUUGACAUUGGUCAGAUUGAAGGUGCAUUUAUUCAAGGCGUGGGACUUUAUACAAUAGAAGAGCUGAAUUAUUCUCCUCAGGGUGUCCUGUACACUCGCGGGCCAAGCCAGUAUAAGAUCCCUGCUGUCUGUGACAUCCCAAUAGAAAUGCAUGUUUCGCUGUUACCUCCAACUCAAAACUCAAAUACCCUGUAUUCGUCUAAGGGUGUGGGGGAGCCUUCACUGUUCCUGGGAUGUUCCGUGCUCUUUGCCAUCCAGGAUGCAGUGCGAGCUGCUCGGCGGGAGAGAGGCUUGAAUGCACCCUUGAUACAGACCAGUCCACUGACCCCAGAGAAGAUUAGAAUGGCCUGCGAAGACAAGUUCACAAAAAUGAUUCCAAGAGAUAAGCCCGGAUCCUAUGUUCCUUGGAAUAUACCUGUAUGAAUCAAAUUUAAAAUGAUGCAGGAAGCAGACUGAUUUUCCAAUGGAGCAGUAAACCAAUAUAAGGCUUAGAGAUAGUUUUCAUGGUCAGAAAUAAUUUCACAGAAUAUUGCUUUUAGAGGAUGCUGAUUUUAAAUGUUCUAUUUAGAUUUUGAUAGAUAUGUUUAAGUAACCUAGAAGUUAUGAUUUAAUGAUAGAAGUGCAUACUGUUUUCUUCUAAAGUGAUAUGAUUCAUUAAUCAGUCCCUUUAA